UCUGGGCCGCAGUUGUUCGUAGCGCGCGUCCGCUCGCCCGUGUCUUGCGCUCUCCUGCAAUCUCUCCCGCGCCGAGUCUCGCCCGCCCGCCCUCGCCCCUGGGGCCUCUCUCUCCUUCCUCCUCCUCCUCUCGGAUACUCGGCGCCCGUUCCUCCGGCGGGCGUGGGGCUCGGGGGCAACGGCGAGUGUGGGAAAAAGUGUAGCAGGGAAAAAAAAAGAGAUCAAAACGAAACAAAACGUGAGCGAAAAGGAUGUGCGCGAUCGGUGGUUCGCUGGUGUUGAAAAUGAGUGAUAAACAUGCAUUUGCACGUGAUGGGCGGAGCUGAUUGGCUAAUGUCCCGGCCGAUAACUCAUCCGGGCAGCCAAUGACAAGACGGUGUUGGCGCCUCAGGUGUGUGGCAGAGAACAGUCACCGCUCGUCUGAGGGAACGAUGGCGCCCGAACUGGAAGUCGCCUCGAGGCCUCUUGUCAGAAAAGAAACAGAGGAGCCACUGGCAGGAUCGGCGUUAAGGAGAGUCAGCUAAAGGACAUGCCAAGGAGGGCGAGGGAGAGGGAUGAAUGCGCGAGUCGUCCUCUCCGGAGUAAUGAAUGGUGCGACGACUGACUUAGUAAAGUCUUCGGAACUCUUCUGAAUUCGCCGCCAAAGGACACGACUGCGGCUCGAGACUGCCUUUGGAUAGUUAGUGUGCAGAGUGCUGUAAACACGGAAGGCGUUGAUUAGCUUUUAAUAGAAUGGUAACUUAUUUAAUCUUAUUUAAAGUUUAGACGAAAGAGGGGAUAUAUUUUCACGUGGCGAGGGAAAGCUAACGAAGAGAAAGCAUUAAGAUACUAUGCAUUUUGCAAUACAAGGAAAAUAGAUAGAUUUCCGUGAAUUCACUUCGGUCUCUGAACAACCCCUUUCGAAUUUAUUCUGAAUUCAUAAACUCACGAACUUUGCAGCUUUAAUAGAACAGAAAACUGAAAGCAAGCAACCAAGAAAGAUAGAAAGGAAAAUAAACACAUACUUAAAAAUAAAGUCUGGUUCCCCUGAAAGAAGGGAAAGAUAAUCGCCACUCAGCAGCAAGAGCGAGGGCGCGAGAGACAAGUGAGAGAGCGAAAGAUCACACUUUCCUCCUUCGUCACAAACCGUUGGUUCCCCUAGACUGCGAGGGAGACUAUGGCACCAAAGUUCCUCCUGCUGUGCCUGCUUCUGGAGAUUCUCUUCUGCGAGUUCGCACACGCCCUAUGGUGGUCCCUAGGAACCCGGGCCGUUAUGGACCACACGAGAAUCUGCCGCAAGACAGGCACCCGUAGCUCCAAAGACCCCCAGAGCACCAUCUGCCGGAAGGAGCCCAGGACGUUCCAGAUGAUUCUCGACGGGUCCCAGAUGGCCAUGAAGGAGUGCCAGUACCAGUUCCGCUUCCACAGGUGGAACUGCACCGACAACAGGAGGGCGCUCAAGAAGAUACUUAUGAGGGACACGCCCGAGACGGCCUUCCUGAACGCCGUCAUGUCCGCGGGCGUGACCCACGAGGUGACCGCGGCCUGCUCGAGGGGCGACCUCCUCCAGUGCUCCUGCAGCAGGGACAACGCAGACGCCUCCAGCAGCCAGGACUCGAAUGAGAAGAAGAAGGCGACGAAGGCGGAGCGGCGCAGGAAGCCCGACAGGAGAAAAGACCCCUCGAGGAGGCGCAAGGACCGGCCGCGAGGGGACCGCCGGCGAGGCCGACGCGGGAAGGGCAAGCGCGGCGACAGGGCGCGGCGAGGACCCGGCAGAGGGCGCCGCCGCGAGGGAUCCGAGAACGCCAUCAACACCUCCGUCGUCGACCCCGACGGCAGGGGCGGCGGCGAGGCCUCGGGGGCGACGGAGGGGGAGCCUCCGGUGGGCGAGGCAGCGCCAGGGACCGGGACGCCGCCGGAGGGGGAGUGGAAGUGGAGCGGCUGCGACGACAACGUGGGAUUCGGCUACAGGAUCGCCAGGGACUUCAUGGACUGGCGGUACCUGCGGGGGCCCGGCAGCCAGGACAUCCGCUCCAUCGUGAUGCUCCACAACAACGAGGUCGGGCGGCUGGCUGUGCAGCGGCACCUUCAGCCCCAUUGCAAGUGCCACGGCCUCUCCGGCUCCUGCACUCACCGCACCUGCUGGAAGAGACUGCCCACCUUCAGGUCCAUCGGCGCGAGACUCAAGGAAAAAUUCAGACAGGCUAUUAAG